AUGGCGUUUAGGGUUGAGCGGGAGUGGGGUGUCCUUGGCAGCAUUGGUGUCCUUUUGUGCAUGGGCAUUAGCAGCGGGUGGGCUGUCAAUGUCAAGUUCGGUUGGCAGGCGCACUGCCCUUCAGCCAUCUUGGCGUUGCGCCUCACUGCAGACGGGUUUUUAAUGGCAUGGUGCAGUCGCGGAUUGCACUCGAUACACGCUGGGGACGGCUUGACGCCGGUAAUGCUUGCAUGUGUGUCGCCACGGUUCUCUCUCAGCUUCACACGCUCUGGGACCGCUGAUUGCCCACCCCCAUCCAAGCGAGGCGCCACGCCGUCGCUUUCUCUGCAUUCUAGCCACUGCGGUGUGGUGGCCGCACCGAGCAAGGAAAACGUCAAGCACUUUGACAGAGUUCGUUGA